AAGAAGUACUGGGGCUGGGCACGGUGGCUCACACCUGUAAUCCCAGCACUUUGGGAGGCCAAGGUGGUUGGAUCCCAAGGUCAGGAGUUCGAGACCAGCCUGGCCAACAUGGUGGAACUCUGUCUCUACUAAAAAUACAAAAACAACUGGGCAUGGUGGCGGGCACCUGUAGUCCCAGCUACUCGAGAGGCUGAGGCAGGAGUAUUGCUUGAAACCGGAAGGCAGAGGUUGCAGUGAGCCGAAAUCACACCGCUGCACUCUAGCCUGGGUGAAAGAGUGAAACUCUAUCUCAAAAGAAAAAAAAAAAGUAUUGGUUCUUUUAAAAAAAAAAUUGAAGCAAAAUCUGCAUCACAAAAAAUUAAUCUUGGCCAUUUUAAAGUGUACAAUUAUGUGACAUUUCGUACAUUCACAAUGUUGUGCAAAUACCACUUCUAUCUAGUUCCAAGGCAGUUUCAUCACCUCAGAAGGAAACCUUGUGUGCAAUAAGCAGUCAACACCUCAUUUCUCCCUCUCCCUAGCCUCUGGAAACCACUAGUCUGCUUUCUGUCUCUAUGGAUUUACCUGCUGUGGAUGUUUCAUAUAAGUGGAAUUAUACAAUAUGUGACCUUCUGUGUUUGACUUCUUUCACUUAGUGUAAUGUUUUUGAAGUUCAUCCAUGUUGUAACAUGUAUCAAUACUUUAUUCCUCUUUAUGGCUGAAUAAAAUCCCAUUAUAUGGAUGUGCCACAUUUUGUUUAUUCAUUCCUUGGUGGCCAUUUGUCUCCAGUUCUGGGCUGUUGUAAAUAAUGCUGCUAUGAACACUUAUGUACAAGUAUUAAAUAUUUGUUUGGAUGCCUGUUUUCAUUUCUUUUAGGCAUAGUUCUAGGAAUAGGCUUGCUAGGUCAUCUGUUUAACUUUUUGAAGACUCACCAAACUUUUUCAAAGUGAUUGCACUAUUUUACAUUCCCAGUUUCUCCAUGUCCUUGCCAAAUCACCCUUCUUUCCUCCCUCUCUUUCCUUCUGCUUCCUUCUUUCUCUUUCUCUUGCUUUUUCUUUCUUUCCAACCUAGUGAGUUUGAAGUGGCAGCUCAUUGUGAUUUUGAUUCACAUUUUCUUAAUGACUAAUGACAUUAAACAUCUUUUCAUUUGAAGUUGGCCAUUUUUAUGACUUUUUUGGAGAAAUGUAUAUUCAAUUGUAUUCAUAUGCCCACUUUUUAAUUGGGUUAUGUCUUUUUGUUGUUGAGUAGUUACAGCUCUUUAUAUAUUCUGAUACUAUAAUUUUAUCAGAUAUAUAUGAUUUGCAAAUAUUUUCUCUCAUUCUGUAGGUUGUGUUUUCACUCUGUUGAUAGUGUGCUUUUAUGCACCAUUUACAAAAAAUUUGGUGAAGUCUAAUUAAUCUACUAUUUUCUUCUUUUGCUUGUGUUUUUGGUGUCAAAUCUAAGAAAUAUCAUUGCCAAACCCAGGGUCAUAAAGAUUGAUGCCUAUGUUUUCCUCUAAAAGUUUUAGAGUUUUAGUUCUUAUAUUCAGCUAUUUGAUUCAUUUUGAGUUAAUUUUUGUGUAUCAUGUAAUUUUAUAUAUGGUAUUGGUAAGAGUCCAAUUUCUUAUUCUUCUUCCUUUUUUUUUUUUUUUUUUUUCAGAGACAGGGUUUUGCUCUGUCGCCCAGGCUGGUGUGUAGUGGCAGGAUCUCGGCUCACUGCAACCUCCGCCUCCUGGGCUCAAGUGAUCCUCCCAUCUCAGCUUCCCGAGUAGUUGGGACUACAGGUGCAAGCCACCAUGUCUGGCUAAUUUUUCUAUUUUUAGUAGAGACAGGGUUUCACCAUGUUGCCCAGUUGGGUUUGGAAUUCCUGAGCUCAAGUGAUCUACCUAUGUUGCCCUCCCAAAGUAUUUAAAUUACAGGCGUGAGCUACCGCGCCAGGCCUCAGUUUCAUUCUUUUGCAUGUAGAUAUCCAGUUCUCCCAGUACCAUUUGCUGAGGAAACUUCUUUCUCCAUUGGAAGAUCUUGACUAUAGAUGCAUAAUUUUAUUUCUAGACUCUCAAGCCUAUUCCACUUAUCUAUAUGUCUGUAUAUCAAUACCAUAGGUUUUUUUUUUUAAUUACUAUACCUUUGUAGUACAUUUUGAAAUCAGGAAGCAUGAGCUUUUUAAAUUUUUGGGUCCUUUGCAAUUUCAUAUGCAUUUUAGCAUACGCUUUUCCAUUUCUUCAAAAAUGUUGUUGAAUCUGUAGCUCUAUCUGGGGAAUAUAGCCAUCUUCACAAUAUUAUGUGUUUGAUUCCAUGAACAUUAAAUGUCUUUUCUUUUCUUUUUUUUUUUUUUUUUAUAUCUGAGAAGUUUCACUCAUCACCCAAGCUGGAGUGCAGUGGCACGAUCUCGGCUCACUGCAACCUCCACCUCCUGGGUUCAAGCAAUUCUCCCGCUUCAACCACCCGAGUAGCUGGGAUUACAGGCACCCACCACCACGCCCGGCUAAAUUUUGUAUUUUUAGUAGAGAUGGGUUUCGCCAAGUUGGCCAGGCUGGUCUCAAACUCCUGACCUCAGGUAAUCCAUCCGCCUCAGCCUCCCAAAGUGCUGGGAUUACAAGCGUGAGCCACCGCGCCUGGCCAUGUCUUUUCAUUUAUUUAGAUUUUCUUUUUUUUUCAGUAGUGGUUUGUGGUUUUCAAUGUAUAAAUCCUGCACCUUCUUGGUUAAAUUUAUGCCUAGGUAUUUUAUUCUUUUUGAUAUUAUUGUAAACGGAACUUUUAAAGUUUCCUUUUCAAUUGUUCAUUUCUAAUACAUUGAAAUGCAACUGAUUUUUAUGUGUUGAUCUAGUAUCUUGCAUCUUUGCUUAUUUCAUUUAUUAGCACUAAUAGAUUUUUUAUUUAGGAUUUUCCAUAUAUAAUAUUAUGUAAUUGGUUCCUUUUGUUGGAAAGGGAUAUUAAGAAAUCAACAUCCAGGUGCUAAGUGUACUCGUAGCUACUUUGAUAUAAUUGCUUCUAGGACCUCUUAGCAGACAGAGCUAGAUAAUACUUACAUAUACACAUACAUAUAUCUAUAUUUAUGUAUUAAAAUCCAUGAAUUCUUACUGAUUCCAUCAACUUUAAUUCUAUUAGGAAAACUGGAGGCAGAACUCUCCAUGUUGCAAGUAGCAGUGUCAGAAAAGCCCCAGUGUGGGAAGCAAGAGGUAUACUGUGAUCGAUUCUGUGGCUGGAGUAAGAAGUGGCGUAGAGAUGACUUUGAACUGACACACGAGAUGUGUUCAGUAUACUUAGUUUCUGUAAUAACACUCUCCUUGUUUUCUUCCUACCUCUCUGGAUACUCUUUUUUUGGAUUCCUUUUUGAACUUCCGUUGCUCAUGCCUUAAAUGCUGGGUGUUCAUCUGGAUUCUGUAACAAGCCUAUUGCCCUCUCAGCUCACUUUCUAGAUUAGCUCAUUGAUUCUAAUGCCUUCCAGUACCUUUUGGGUAAUAGCUACAGCACAUGUUUUCUGUGCUUCAGAUAGGCCUAUUUGACUACAUACUAAACAGCUUCACUUGGAUAUUCUGUUGGUGCUAGUGUGUCAAAAUGGAAAUGUCCUAAACUCAUCACUAUGGCCUACUUCACCCUUCCUCCUGGUUGCAACUAGGUUUUCUUCCUGUUGCUUAAUGGUUUCUUGUUGCCCAAACCAGAAACUGGGCAUCCCCAUGGACUCCUGCCUCUCUUUCACACCCCCACAUCCCAGUCCUCUUGAUUCACUCUCCUAAAUAUGUCAAAUAUGUCCAUUCAUCUCCAUCCUUAUGGCCACUGCCGUAAUCAGAUCGCUGUUAUCCCUCACUUGGAUUACAGCGUGCUAACUGACCUCUCAAACCCAUUCUUAGAACCAUUAAAAACUUGAGUUCUGAGUUUUAGGCCUGGCUGUGCCACUUAUUAGCUGCAUGAUCUUGGUCAGACUGGUUAAUCGCUUUAGGACUCAGUUUCCUCAUCUGUAAUACAGAGGUAAGAAUAGUACCUACUUCAUAAAGUAGUUGUAAGACACGUAUGAGGUGAUGUAGUCAAAACUAUUAGCAUAUUGGCUGACUCAUAGUAAAUGAUCAAGAAAUGUUAGUUAUGAUCAUGAUCAUCAUUGCAGGGUUAUUCACCGCACAGCCUCUGUUAUUUCUCCAUUUUCUUUUCUGAUUGCUUUCAGUCUUUCAGCUUUUCUGAACCUCUUCCUGUUGCUCCAGUGUUGAAUGCUAUCUUUUGCUUCCAGGCCUUCCCUCUGCUCCCUUUUCCUGGAAUUCUCUUCUCCCUUGCCCCUUGCCCUCAUUCAUUCUAAGUUUAUCCUUAACUUUCUCUUGAUUUGGUGUCAUUUAUCUGUGCUCCAAUAACACUCUUUAACUUCCUUUAUUGAGGCUCUUAUCUCACUACUGGAGUUGCCUACUUAUUCGAUGGUCUCUCAAGUAAGUCCUGAGGUCAGGGACCAGUUUACCUUGUUUACUAAUAUGGUGCUUGACUUGAUGAAUGAGUGAAUGAAUGGGUGAUGAAUGGGCCAUAGCACCAUCCUAGGUUUUCUGAUCUCCUGUCUGGUAUACUUCUGGUGAGAGCCCUGCCUGGCCACAGGAGUGGGGAAAGCUGAAGGCAGGCUUUCCCUGUGCCAUAUCAGCCAUUAGCAAUUACUACAUUAUUGGUUUCCCAGAUUUUAGCUGAUCAGUGAUUCCCAGGACUACUCCUCUGGACAUUAACAUGAGGCUACCUUUUCCCUUUUUUUUUUUUUUUGAGACAGAGUCUCGCUCGGUCGCCCACGCUGGAGUGCAGUGGCGCCAUCUCGGCUCAUUGCAACCUCCACCUCUCGGGUUCAAGCGAUUCUCCUGCCCUCAGCCUCCUAAGUAGCUGAGACUACAGGCGCGUGCCACCACGCCCGGCUAAUUUUUUGUAUUUUUAGUAGAGACGGGGUUUCACCGUGUUAGCCAGGAUGGUCUCGAUCUCCUGACUUCGUGAUCUGCCCGCCUCGGGCUCCCAAAGUGCUGGGAUUACAGGCGUGAGCCACCUAACCCGGCCUUUUUCUCUCUUAACCUCACCAACAGUCUGAUGGCCCUUCUCUCACACGGGAACAGCUCUUGAAGUUAUCAACCUGUUAGGACAUUUGUUAUCUCUAAACCCGAGUUUACUGUGUUAUGUUUGCCUGGAAAUGUUAUAUCAAAUGUAUGAAAUUGCCAACUGUUUGUAAUUUCAUAUGGUUCAUCCUAUAUGUGAUUUUGUAAAUUGGACCCACCUGAGAAGCUAACUGCUGUAAUGCCAACUGUGAGUAGCUACAGACUGGAAAGGUGAUGGAGUUGACCGGGUGGGCCUGCGACAGCUGGAAUUUGCGGUGGAGGUAGACACAAGUUAGCGAGACGGCUUAGAAGGCAGAAGAGAAGCUGAACUAAGGCUUCUCAACAUUUUACUCUGCUUAGAAGUGGAAACAUUUGGUUCAAAGGGCCUUUGCCUUCGACUCCAUAGGGGCAGGCCCAAGGGCUGCUGUUCACACCUCCUGGCCACUGAGAGGGAUGAACUUGGCUGCCUCUGAGUGGGAACCACGAGGCCUGACCCCCUACGCAGUCCCAGUGAGUGGGAACCACGAGGCCUGACCCCCUACGCAGUCCCAGGUUCACUACCCCGCAGGCCCGAGCGACACCGUCGGCGCUGGGAGAAGAGAGCCGCUGGGUGGCAGCAAAGGCGCGCAGGUUUCUUCCGACAGAGGCGGUUCCUUAACAUACUGUAGUUUUCUUCUUUUUAAACUCAUUGCUGUAACACUCUUAGAAAUUUACAGUGGUUUUAUAUUCUUGAAUUACACAGUGUGAGCAGAGACUCCGUUUGCCAUUUCCUCCCGGAAUUACAUUGAUUUUUUUCCUGCGAAAUUUUUUACUUAUUUUUCUCCCAUGUUAUUUCCAGGAAUCCUGGGCAUUCCCUUGCCCCGGAAACGCCGUGUCCAGGCCGACUUAAGCCAGGAGCCGCAGGGGCGGGAAGCCGGCGGCAGGGCCGGGCCUGGGACGCCGCCUCAGGAGCCGCGCGGACUCGGGAACCUCGGGCGGGGCCGGCGUGAGUGCGCCCGGCACCCCCGGCUGCUACGGUGGCGACCGCGAACUGAUGCCGUGGAAAACACCCUUAGAACAUGGCUUUUGGGGGAGCGCCUUCCAGAACGGGGCAGCGGAAACUAGUGUUGGGACAAAGGAGGCGAGCGGGGCCUUUUCGGGGCUCACAGAGGACCCCUCGGAGGCGCGGCCGCCGGGGAGAGCGCGACAGUACCCCGCCCUCCGCCAGCCGGGCGGGGGCCGCUCCCGAGGUGACAGGAGAAGGCGGGAGGUGGAGGAGAGAAGGUCCCGCCCCACCUCGCUCUCCUUUACGGGAAGUGAUGUGGGGCCAGGCGGAAAAUACCCGCCAACGACCCAAAAAAGGCCGGCGGCGGGUGGACGCGGCGCUCGAGGACCCGAGCCAGGCGGGGACAGGACGGCGGGGCGAGCCAGGUGGUGGCUCAUUCCUGUGUUCCGGACCUCCUGCUUGAAUGUGGAAGAAUCAACACAGUCAGGAAUCAGUAGACAAAAAGUAACCUUCCUGAAGAGGACAUGUGAUUGGAAGUUGUCAGUUGUUGAAGCGUUGGUAACUCCAGUCUCUAACGUUUUAGAAAAUCAUAACAAGCGGUUCUCUACCCUGUAAAGGUGAACUACUGAGUUCUUCAUUAUGUCUGA